CAAAUUGAAAUCAUCCGAGCGACACACGCAGGCAGUGUUACUGGCAGGGGGAAGCGGAGACGUUUUGCAACACGUUGCCAAACGCAGAGAAACAGAAAUCCCAGGAUUGCGUCUCUCCCCCCCCCCUACACCCCGAGAAAAUAGAAAAAAACCCAGAGGAGAACCGCUCUGAGCCGGCCGAGGGCGCUGGGUCCGAAAGGGCCGCCGCGUCCAGCGGAUCUCACCCAACCGCGCGCCAGACGCGAGAAAGCCCAGCGUCAGCCGGCCCCGCGCGCUGGUCUGCAAGCGGCGAGGGGCGUGCCCGGUCACGUGCCGGGGGGUCACAUGACCGCGCGGAAGCGGCCAUCCGUGCUGUCGCUGCUGCGCUGGAGCCAGAGGGCGGACUGUCUUCAUGGGACCGUGAAUAUACGCGUGAAGAUUAAGCCAGAAAGGGACCCAGAGAGCCACAGUUCCUGUUUUUUUAUUUAUUUAUGACAGAGAAGUCGUUUUUUUCCUUCAAGUCGUCUUUAUUUUAACACAGUAAUUGAUGUAUUUUAAGAAACGGGGAUGGCUUCUGCGGGUUGUAAAAACUGCAACCCCCGCCGCGGCUCAGAGAGGGACAGGCUGUUGACCGCUGUGACCCGGUAUGGCUCUCAGGGCCACAGUGACGACUCGGGGGACUCUCGGGCGACCCCAGGAAGUGGUUCUCUGGGGUCCGAGCAGGAGGAGGAGGAGGCUCUUCGCCGGAAGCUGAAGUAUUUCUUCAUGAGCCCCUGUGAUAAGUACCACGCCAAGGGCCGCAAGCCCUACAAACUAAUUCUGCAGCUGCUGAAGAUCAUCAUUGUGACUGUGCAGCUGGUGUUCUUUGGCCUCAGUAAUCAGAUGGUGGUCACGUUUAAGGAUGAGAACACCAUGUCCUUCAAGCACCUGUUCCUGAAGGACUACGCUGACGGCUCAGAAGACACGCUGGCGGUGUACACGCAGACUGAUGUGUACGAGCACAUCCACCAUGCCAUCGAGCAGUACCUAGCCCUGCCAGAGACCACAGUGGGGCGCUAUGCCUAUGUGUUUGGGGAGCACGUGAACGAGAGCGCCCUCUAUCUGUGUCAGCAGUACUACAAGAGGGGCAGGAUUGACCCAGCGAAUGACACCUUCAACAUCGACCCCAGGGUAGUCACAGCCUCUCUCUGCUUGACCCCUCUCUCUCCCUCUGCACCCCUCUCUCUGCUUGACCCCUCUCUCUCCUCUCCCUCUGCACCCCUCUCCUCCUUCUGCACCCCUCUCUCUCUGGGUCUCAGGCUCAUCAAUGUCACGGUCCAGUUCCGCCUGAAGGCCAUCAAUAUCCAGACCAUAAUAAACAACGAGAUCCCAGACUGCUACACCUUCACUAUCACAAUCGUCUACGAUAACAAGGCCCACAGCGGCAGAGUGAAGAUCAGCCUCAACAAUGAGGCGACAAUCAAGGAGUGCAGAGACCCCAGUGUGUCUGGACAUGCAGAGAACUACACGCGCCUGGCGUUCGACGUGAUCGUGGUGAUCGUGUGUGUGCUGUCCCUGCUGCUGUGCGGCCGGUCCAUCCUGCGGGGAGUGCUGCUGCAGCAGGAGUUUGCGCGGUUCUUCCGCGAGCAGCUGGGGCGCGGGGUGUGCUGGGAGGACAGGCUGGAGUUUGUGAACGGCUGGUACAUCCUGCUGGUCAUCAGUGACAUCCUGAUCAUCGUGGGCAGCUGCAUCAAGAUCGGCAUCGAGUCUAAGAACCUGUCCUCCUAUGAUGUGUGCGGGAUCCUGCUGGGAACGUCCACCCUGCUGGUGUGGGUCGGGGUCAUCCGGUACCUCAGCUUCUUCCAGAAGUACAACAUCCUGAUCAUCACCCUCAGGGCCGCCUUCCCCAACGUCAUCCGUUUCUGCUGCUGCGCCGCCGUCAUCUACCUGGGCUACUGCUUCUGUGGCUGGAUCGUGCUGGGGCCCUACCACGUCAAGUUCCGCACACUGUCCAUGGUGUCGGAGUGCCUGUUCUCCCUCAUCAACGGGGACGACAUGUUCGUGACCUUCGCCGAGAUGCAGGACAGCAGCCUGCUGGUGUGGUGGUUCAGCCAGGUGUACUUGUACACCUUCAUCUCCCUCUUCAUCUACAUGGUGCUCAGCCUCUUCAUCGCACUCAUCACCGGCGCCUAUGAGUGCAUCAAGCACCAGACCAUGGAGACUGCCCACAUCACGGACCUGCAGGCCUUCAUCGCCAAGUGCACGGACACGCCCGGAUCCGGGAAGUUCCGGGGGCUGGACACCUCGGCCUGCUCCAUCUUCUGCUGCUGUGACAGAACCACGACGUACGAGGACGUGCUCCUGGUGAACUGACCGGGGCUGCUGGCUGGGGCUGGAGUGCCUUGCUGGACACUGCAGUGCGCUGACGCUGGAAGAGAAGCGGCCCCUCCCUGCGACACGCCGACCACAUGCCAACACACCUGCCUCGACACACUGCCCGCUCACACAGAGCACAAGUGUGGGAGCUCUCCCUGCCCUGCAUCUCCUUUUAAACUUAAUCCCCUUCCCAGGCCAUGCACAGGGACGGUAGAGAAGCAGGAUGUCUUUAUUCCCCGUGGACGUUAUUUUAUUUCUUUUUGUUCUAUUUUAUUUAAGGGAAGCAGACUAGACUCCAGGUUCAGUGUUCUGAUCCGCUCCAGGUUUUCCAGCUGCAGGCCGACUCUCUUUUAUGAAAUUGCACCUGUGGGCGAGUGACCUGAAACGUCCAGUCAGUCCUGGACCAACCUGCCCAGCAGCUAGCCUGUCGCUUAGAGCUCAGUGAGUGAGCGAAUCCCCUUUCCCUCCUCAUCCUCUAGAGCGCCUUCACAGCUAACAGACCCUUGGGAGUUCUUCCGGGUCGGAGGUCAGAGCCAGAGUCGACCUCUGACCCUUGAGCACUCCUUCAGUGCUGCUCCACACGUCUACACAGACCUCUUCCUGCUCCUGCAGCUGCUAGUGCCUGGAGUGGAAUACACUGCCAUGCAGUGGGCGUCUAAUCCAGUUCCCUUAAUUUUAAAGUAUUAUUUUUGUUUUUGGUCUUUGUUCUUUGUGUGUAUGUCUAGUCCCAUGGCCAGUUUGCCUCUUGGGUCCCUCUGAUCCCUGUAUGGCAGAAGGUAAAUUUCUGUAGCAGUAGAGCUUGAAUUGUUCAUUAUGGGGGGGGGUUGUUUUUUAAUUUUUUAAUCUGUAAACACUGGAUGACACCAGAUGGUUCGGGCAACAGCAAGCAAGAUCCUGAGCUGAUCCUCGCUCCUGUGACCAGUGAGAAACCUGAGAGUAGGGGUAGAUGCAGGCCAUCAUGGCACCUCUGGGUCUAAAUGAUGGACAGACAGUGGAGACCCAGAAGAAUUUCUCAUUCAGUAACGAAGUCAGCAGUGCAAUCUAUAAAUCCGGAAAUAAAGGAGUGACCGCAAGAGUGACCAUCAUCACCUCUUGUGGGUGAAAGCUGCCAGACGGGAUGGGUGGCCAUCAUCCACCUCCCUCAUGCAGACCUGAGUAGUGGCUCAAAGUGUGCAAGGCCUUCUAAUCGCUCACAAAGCACCUGUUACACAAGACCUGUCUGAUCAGCAGUUGACCUGUCAGGGGAACUACUCGCAGAGUCAGAGGCUGGGAGUAAGCAGAUGGGGGGGGGGGAGUUUGGGGACUUCUUGUUUUGGGGGGAGGGGUGGCUCGAGACUGCCAUCACCCUUCUGUGAUCAUCUGAAUCAUGGAUUCAUGAGAACUGACCGCAUCUCCCUUGUUUUGUAUUUGUUUUACUUUACAAUUGCCAUUGUUCUUUGCUAUUAACAACCCCACCAAGCUGUGUCUCAGCUUGCAGGGGCACCCCACUACCCCACAAUGAGGAGGAGGAAGUGCAGACAAGGCUCCACACACUGAUGUGACCCAGGCUGGAACCCGUGGAGCCUGGAUAACACCUCAACUGGGAUUCGGAGUGAGUAACUCAACAUUGACUGAUCUGCUUGGGAUUCGUGGGGAGUGAGCACCCCCUGCUGAUCCAGUUGGGAUUUAGAGAGAGUGAGUGCCCUGCUGACUGAUCCAGUCGGGAUUCAGAGGGAGUGAGCGCCCCCUGCUGGCUGAUCCAGUCGGGAUUCAGAGGGAGUGAGUGCCCCUUUGACUGUAGCUGAAGUAGCACCUCCACAGGUGUCCGAUCCAUUUGGGAGCACAGAUCUUCUUUUCUUCUGAAACGCACAACAGGCUCCGAGUGCUCGGACCACGGAGAGAGACGGAGCCUUCUCUUUGUGUCAGGAGUGUAGUAGUGUGUGUAAAUAUAUUUAUGUGUACAGCGAACACCGAGGUGUACAGAGGUACGGUCUGUGCCUGCGCUGCAAUUCUCUGUCGCUUCCUGUCACUGUCAGGAUGUCAGCUGUCAACUCAGCCGCUUCUAGGGGGAGGUGUUUCUCCUCCUGUGUUGCUGAAUUCUAAUGUUUAAUUUCGCGUUUUCUGUUUUUAUUGUAAGACGUCAGAGUUGUUGUAGGAGGUCGUUGCACACGCGGGAGACCUGCCUCGCGCUGGGGGAGACAGACCUGUGCGCUCCCCCAGCCUUUCAUCGAAUUAAAAGCACUUUUUAAAGGACCCUCCA